AUGGAUACAAAUGCCAUCAAGGGCCUCGUAAACAACAAACCUUUUUGGACGGAAGAUCAGGAAGAAGUACUUAGACAACCGUAUAAUCAUUUGGCAUCAUGUCCGGGGAAAAACUUCAGAACUGAGCUGAUUAGAGUGUUCAACAUGAUCUACAAAUUACCGGAGGAUAAGAUCACUGUCAUAGCCAAAUUUGUCGAAAUACUUCACACUUCAAGCUUGCUUAUUGAUGAUAUCGAGGACGCGUCGCAGUGGAGGAGGGGCAAGAAGGCGGCUCAUACCGUGUAUGGGAUCCCAAUGACAAUCAACACUGCAAACUACAUGUAUUUUUACGCGAUGGAAUGCCUCCAAGAACUAGCUGCCGGGACAGACGAAGUUGUACUAAACAAAUUGUUGAUCAUUUUCAAUCAAGAAAUGAUGAAUCUUCAUCGUGGUCAGGGUCUCGACAUUUACUGGAGAGACGAAUUUGUGGUACCCGAUGAACAGGCAUACUUAGAUAUGGUCAUGAAUAAGACUGGUGGAUUAUUUAGACUGACAGUUAGGAUUAUGGAAGUCUUUGCUCCUAAUUUUUCCGAUCAGAAGUCGCUCGUACCGCUUAGUAAUUUAUUGGGCAUCCUGUAUCAAAUUCGGGAUGACUACAUGAACUUGCAAGAUACAGAAAUGAUCAAAAAUAAAGGCUACGCUGAGGAUGUCUCAGAGGGGAAAAUGUCUUUCCCCAUUAUUCAUGGUAUUCAGUUUGGCCGUGCUCACAACGAUACCCUAGUUCUAGACAUUUUGAAACAAAGAACGCAUGACGAUGCAGUCAAGAGAACUUUGGUCGCUUAUUUAGAAGAUACCAGUGGAUCAAUGAAGUACACCAGGAUGAAAAUAAGUGAGCUCACGAACCUCAUAAAUGCCGAAUACCUCCCACUUGAUCAUGAUGAUGAGGGUAUUUAUUCAAUACUUCGAUCCAUAGUUGAUCGGCUGAGUGCUAUCUAG